UCAACAGCCAAGUCUUUUCCCACAGACUUUAUUCUAAGGGAACUAAUAUGAAUCUGUCAGAUGAUCUGUCAAUGGCUACAGGGACAAUACAUUUCAUCACUUGGAAUGUUAAUGGACUUAAAGAACAAAGAAAUCAAAAAUUUAGAGAAAUACAUAAUGCUAAUGUUGUUUUCUUACAAGAGACACACAUUGGGGAAGAAGAUGAUCAUAUUUUAGAAUGCAGUGAAGAUGAGUGGCAUAUUUUCUUCACAAAGUUCACAUCAUCCCGAAGAGGGACAGCUAUACUUGUCAGGAAAACAUUAGACUUUGAAUACAUCAGUGAAGACAAAGAUACUUAUGCAGGAUAUAUUGUGUUGAAAUGUAAACUGCAAAGUCAGUUGUACACACUUGUUAGCAUUUAUAACCACCAAACUGACACAAAAACCCUAGAUAAACUUUCAAGGUACCUGCAGUUAAUGGCCACAGGGUUGCUGGUGAUCGGUGGAGAUUUCAACACUGUUCUCAAUCCCUUCAUCGACAAAAAAUGUUAUACCAACAGAGUGACAAAUAACCGAACUCAGAGCAAACUGCUGCCCUGUGUGGAAAAUUUGAUGAAAUCUCUUCAGCUUGUCGACAUCUGGAGAAGAAAAAACCCUGUAAAGCAGGAUUACACGUUCUGCAGAGGAGGAACUUCAUCAAGACUGGAUUACUUCUUCAUUCCAGAAGAAUGCUUGUGGCGUGUCAGAAGUUGUGACAUCAGCGAUUCAGAGAGACCUGACCAUCAGCCUUUGUCCUUGAAGAUCAACAACGUCUCCACAGACACUUUACAGGAACAUCUCCAGAUACAAUCACUCUCCCAGCUGCUCAGGGAUAAAAGUCAUUUUGGGAUCGAUUUGUCGUUGGUUCAGGAAAGCUCUCAUGUACUCAGCGAGGUUGACAUCGUCUCAGCUGUACAUUCUCUUCAGGUGUCAGACACACCGAGACCAGAUGGCAUUCCAGUUUCCUUCUACAAAGACAACAUUCAAGAUAUAAUUCCAUACAUAAAGGUGCUAUAUGAUGGGAUCUACAGUGGCAAUUUAAACUGCUCUGAGAAACAGUUUAAUGAAUCUGUGAGAAGUCCACAUGACAACAGUCAACACUUCUUUAAUGUUGACUACCUCAUCAUCGCAACUAUUCUAGCAAGACGCCUAGAAGACUUCCUGGAGUCUCAGUCGGAGGGGCGGAUACCAAGAGAGUCAAAUCCUGUCCUGAUCAGUUCCAAAGCCCUCAGCACUCAGACCGUGCUGUGCUGUAUUGAGAAAGAGUUAGAAAGGCAUUCAACUUCCCAACUUUUUCCAGCUUUGUCUCAGGACUUCCUUUCUGUGAAAAGCCUUGUUAGAAGCCCUUGUCAGGGCUGCCCUUUGACCCCAGUCCUCAUAUCUUUAGCACUAAAAUGCUUUGCCUCGGAGCUAUUUAAGAAUUUAGAAAAGCAUGCAUUUUAUGUUUUCAAACAAAGUGUGAUAGUCUGCGUCCUUCCGGAGGACCUACAUCAGGUACAUGCUAUAGUGAGAAACAGCACUGAUGAAGAAUAUGACAUUGUGAUAUUACCCAGAGGAAAUGGUGAACCUUUACAAGAAACCAUCCUGGACAGUGAGUCUGAGAUGGAAGACUGGGAUAGACAGAUGGAUGGAGCAGAAGAACAAUGGCCUAAAAGAGCCGCAUUCAAAAUGUCAAGCAUGUAUGCUGUUGUAACCUUGCAAGAUUCAGAUGAGGUGAUGCUGGCAGCAUCAAACUGGCUGAACGCAGACAAAACACAAUGUCACUGGCCCCCGUUCAGAUCAGCAGAGAAGUACAUGCAAGCUGUGAAAGACAGAACCGAGCCUUCAACAGCAGGAAAACCAUGGGACAUGUUAAACACUCUCUUACAUGCAGAAUAUGACACCUAUCAGGAGGCUGUGAAGAAACAAGAGGAACUUGUAAGAGCACAGAAAGAUGGUUUGUAUGCAGUCAUUAUCCUGCAAGAAUCAAGUGAGCUGACUGUGAUACCAACAAACUGGCUGAAUGAACACAAGACACAAUGUUACUGGCCUCCAUUCAAGGCACCUAAGACGUGCACAGACGCUGUAAAGAACAGACUUGAACCUGCUAGAGGAGAAAAUCCAUGGGAGAUGCUGAACAUCAUAUUUCAUGAAGAACAUGCCACUUAUGAGCAGGCUAAAGAGAGGGAAGAAGUACUCAGACAGCAGACUGAACCACCCUCCACAUCUUUUGGAUCUCUUGAAAGACAAAACUCUCCACUGCGGUCAGGAAUGUCCACUGGUGGCUUUCCCACCCAAACUACAGUAAUUAGUCAUGGUAUUAAAAGAAAACGUGAUGAGUCUCCAGAUAUCACUGCACAGUCACUGAUGACUACAGAUUUGGAGAUAAGAAACAAAGCAAAGCAGAUCAUUGAAGGAGUUAUGGUCCAAAUUCAGGCCAUAAAGAACACAGACCACACAGUAAAUGCAUUAAAAACCGACAUUGUAGACGCUGUUUCAAAGCUAAAUAAAACUGAUAAAGACAGCAUAAAGAAGGCAACCAUAGGGAUGUUUGGAAGAACAGGAGUAGGAAAGAGCUCUCUAAUAAAUGCAAUCCUAGGAGAAAAAUAUUUACUGCCUUCCAGUUGUACGUCUGCAUGCACAUCUGUGAUUACACAGGUGGAAGCAAAUCUGAGCGACUCCAACUACACAGCAGAGAUUGAAUUCAUUUCUAAAGAGGAAUGGGAAAAUGAGAUUGUUUCAUCAGAAAAAAACAAGGAUAGGGACAACCUUAUAACAGAAAGUAUUGAAGAACAGAUCAUUGCACUGUAUGGAGCUGAUGCAGGGAAGAAAACUUUAAAAGAGCUCAAGAAAGAGGACAAAUAUAUUGAAAUUAACAAUGUUUUGUCCACUGGGAAGAUGACAAUCUCAAAACAGAAUUUGUCUGAUAUUACCCGUGAAGUUGCUCAAUACAUAAAAAACAAUGAGUUAAAUCCUGGGUGGUACUGGCCGCUUGUGAAGACUGUAACAAUCAAGACUCCUAACUGUCGUGAACUCCUGGAGAACAUUGUCUUUGUUGAUAUUCCUGGUACUGGAGACUGCAACAAGAUCAGAGAUGGCCUCUGGAGAUCUAAACUAAAACACUGUUCAUCUGUGUGGAUUGUAAGUGACAUCAACCGAGCAGUCUCAGACAAAGACCCCUGGGAGAUAUUAGAGCACUGCAUUCAAGACUUGGGAGGAGGAGGAGAGUGCAAACACAUAAACUUCAUCUGUACCAAGACUGAUCAAAUUAAUCCAAAGGAAUAUCUUGAAAAUGAACAACUUGAUGAACAAAUGACUGGACCAAAGGAUCUGAAAACAAAAUGCAUACUUCAUAGAAACAACCGUGCAAAGGAAGCAGUGAAAAGAAAAUUAAAAAAUGCUGGAAACAGGGAUUCAAAAGAGAGAUUCAUCACUGAUGUUUUUACUGUAAGUUCUGAAGCGUUCCUGGAUCCAGAAAAUCCUGUUCUGGAAGCUACAGAAACCGAGAUUCCAAAACUGAGGGAUGUUCUGAAGAAUCUUAAUAAGAACAUCAACAGAAAACUGACCAGAGAUUAUGUCAAUGAAGCAAAAGGGGUUUUGUCUCUGAUCCAAAGUGUCCAACUGGAUGCAGAUGAAAAAAUGACAAAAGCCAAAGUCCACAGGGAUCUGGAGAUAAACCUACAUAAGGCACUGAAAGAGUUGGGGUGUCAGUUUGACUCGUGUUAUAAGGUUCUGGAAGAUUGUCUCUCAGCUGGAGUAGAAGAAUCAGUGAGCUCAUGUGUUAAGACCACACAAGACAUGAUCAAAUCUGUUCGACCAAAAGAUAACAGAGGUUUUCAUAAAAUUUAUCAAGCGAUGUGUAAGAGAAAAGGAUAUUACUGGCCAAAAGACUGGGACGCACCUUUAGAUUUAAACACAUGUUUGAGCAAGCACAUGUAUGACAACCUCGAUGAGGAGUUUGAAUUAAUAUUUCCUGUUGAUGAAAAUGUCAAGACAGGGAAAUCACUGCAAGAACAUCUUGAUAAGUUCAGCGUCAUCCAGAGUGACUCCCCAAGAUCAUUAUGGCAAAAACACAUUGAGAACUUCAUCAAAACACGGGAAUACAAAGUGAAGGCAUUACUCAGCAGAUACAUAGUUGAGAAAAAGAAGGAAAUCUACUCAUCAAUUCAAACAACCAUUCAAAAGAAAAUGACACCUGGCUACACAAAAGCUGCACAGCAGAGAGGAGAAGGAGUCAUGCAGAGGAUGGAGAAAAUCAUAACAGAGACAAUUGAGCAGUUAAAAAAUCAAAUGUUCAAUGAAGCGAAAGUGAAAGUGACUGAUAUGUUAAAAACCUUGAAGCUGCAUAUCAUGAAAACCCUCGAAUCUGAGCUAAAACCUUCAGUGGAAGUCUCGUUUUCACAUGCCGGAAAAAUCAGCUGGUUGAAUGUCUCCAGAGAGAUUCAAGAGCUGGAGAGACUGUCAGAACAACUCUCUUCCUGAGGUCAAGCAAAACUAUAUAUAUGUAGUUGAGGAAAAUAAGCAAUUUUGCCUUUUUUCUGUAAUACCUUUUCAUUGAACAUUAUUGAAUUCGUUUUAUUGAGAAAGUAGUUUAUUAAGAAAGACACCAAACAUAUUAUUGUAUUCAUUUUAUUGAGAAAGUAGAAAGUUUAUUGUAUUUGUUUUAUUGAGAAAGUGGUUUAUUAAGAAACAGACACCACACAUAUUACUGUAUUCGUUUUAUUAAGAAAAUGUUAUUCUGUAGCUUGUAUCAUCAAUAGGAAUAUAGCUAGGAGUGAAACCUGUAUUAGCAAGAGUUUUAAGGAAAGGAAUGUAAGCGUUGAUUGAUGUGUUGCGGACGCAGCGAAGGAGGCAUCUAAGAAGAAAGUCUCGGAGGAGAAAAAUGAGAAAACAGAGGACUUUAUAUAGGAAUCUUCUGAGGGAAUCUGCAGACCAUCAUGAUGAGUCAAUAGGAAUCCACCUGCUGUCUAUAAAGGACUGAAGUACGAUGAAGAGAAUCAGAUGCUGGUUCUGCGUGACAGCUUCUCCGGUGCCGGCGGCCUUGCCAGAGAUGCCUCUAGACAACCGAGCUUGCAAAUUAUAUACCUAUGUUUUUAUUUCUGUUUUAUUAUAUUAGUAUUUUGUUUGUAACGCAUUUAACCUAUAUACAAUAAAACUAUGCUUAAUAAUAACUAAGAAGCUCGCCUUCCUGAAGACUCUGAUUUAUAGACUUGAGCAGAACAGACCACGGAGAAGUCUUCUGAGACCUGUUUUGUAAGUGUCAAAAGGACAGA